CUGCCUGGAGCUGCCCGGCACGCGUAGGUGUUGGUUCACAUAGUUGUGUUUUUACUUGGCCUUCCGUGCAAGUGCGUUAGUCGGGAUCAAUCCGCGAAUGCUCCUCUGAGCGCGCAUCGCUACAGACUUGAGCAGCCAUGGCUCAACAGCUAUACGAGCAGUGGUUCCGCAUUGCGGAUGCGGACAAGGACGGAGCGGUGGGAGGAGCGGAAGCUGUCAACUUUUUCCUGCGUUCGGGCUUGCCGCAGAAUGUGCUUGGCCAGAUUUGGGAGAUGUCCUCGGGUGGCGGGGCGAAGCUGAACCAGUUCCAGUUCUCUUCGGCCAUGAGACUGGUGGCGUUGGCGCAGGUCAGCGGCGGCCAGCUACCGGUGGAUCAGGCCCGCGCCAUCGUGGCCGGCCUGGGAGCUGCCCUGCCGCCGCCCACGCUGCAGGGACUGGAGGUGCCAGGCUCCGCGGGGGCCGCCGCGCGCCCCGCCGCGCCCGCCGCGGCGCCGGUCCCCGCCCCGGGGCCUGCCGGCUACGCCUACGCCGCGCCCCCUGGCGCCAUGCCCGGCGCGCCUGUGGCUAUGGCGGCCGCCCCUGCGCCCGGCGCUCCUCCCGCUGCUGCUGUUGCGGCUGCCCCCGGCGGCUUCCCGCCGCUGCCGGUGUCUGAGCUUCAGCGCUACCAGGCGCAGUUCGUGGCACUGGAUGCGGACCGGGAUGGCUUCCUGACGGGCGCCGAGUGCUUCUCCUUCUUCAGCCAGUCGGGCCUGGACAAGGUCGCGCUGCGCGACAUCUGGACGCUGGUGGCGGGCACCUCGGGCAGCCUGUCCGGCCCGCAGUUCGUGGCCUACCUCUACCUCAUCGACCUGGUCAAGCGCGGCAUGCCCAUGCCCACAGCGCUGCCGCCCGGCCUCGCCGGCUUCCCGCCGGUCGCCGGCGCGCCAGCGCCGCUGGCGGCGGCUGCGCCGCCGCUGGCGCCGCCGGGCGCCGCUGGCGCGGCGCCCGGCCACGGCGCCACCUGGUCUCUUCAGUCGCAGUUCGGCACCAGCAACAACAUCACAGCAGUGCUGGCGGCGCCGGCGCCCUCCAACAUGGCCGCGCCGCCGCCGCCGGCGGCCAUGCCGACGCGGCUGGACCCGUCGGCGCUGCCGCCGGUGUCGCUGCCGCCGCCGCACGCCUCGGCGGUGCCGCCGGUGCCGGCCUCGCUGUUGGCGGGCGUGUCGGCCAUGGACCGGACCAAGCUGCAGGAGGAGCAGCAGGUGUGCGAGGCCAAGGAGAAGGCGCUCAUUACGGCAGACGAGCGCGCGGCGGAGGCGCGCGCGAGGCAGCAGCAGUACACCACCGUGCUGCAGGACCUGGUGGUGUUCCGCCAGCGCACCGAGGUGGCGCUGCUGACCAGCCAGGACCAGGCGCGGCGGCUGGAGGAGGAGCUGGAGGCGACGCGCAAGAGAUACGACGCGUCGUACAAGGCCGCCGAGGCCGCCAGCGAGAAGAGCGCGGCGGUGCACGCGCACAUCAUGGAGCUCAUGGGGCAGAAGGCGGAGCUGGAGGAGAAGAUGAAGCGCCUGGAGGGCGAGAUCGCCGCCGCCGAGCGCAUGGGCCCGGCUGACGUGGCGCGGCUGGAGUCGGAGCUGGCGGAGCUCAACAGCCGCGUGGCGGCGGCGGAGGCCAGCCGCAACGCCAAGGUGGCGGGCGUGGAGGGCGUGCGGCGGCAGCAGGAGGCGGCGCGGCAGCAGCUGGCGGCGCUGGCGGAGAGCGACCGCGAGGCGGGCGCAGAGGUGGAGGCGUGCCAGUCCUCGCUGGCGGCGCUGGAGGCGGAGCUGCAGGAGGCUCGCUCCGGCAGCACCCUGGCGGCGCUGCCCUCGCUGCUCAGCCGCACCGCCGUCGUGUACCGCGGCCUGCACGGCCUGGCGGCGCGCGGCGGCGUGGCGGUGCCCUUCGAGGCGCUGCCGGCCACCCUCAGCGGCCUGCACGUGUGGGCGGACGAGGUGGCGGCGGGCGUGCUGGACUGGGCGGACGAUGACGCGGACGCCCGCGGCUUCAUCACCGUCAACGCACUGCCCGGCGCCGACGCGCCCAAGCCCAUCAUCAAGGACGCGCCGGCGCCCGCGGCUGCGGCUGCGGCCAAGCCCGCCGCUGGCGCGGCGGCUGCCAAGCCCAGCGGUGCACCUGCGGCUGCCGCUGCGCCUGCUGCCGCGGCGGCAGCGGCGGCGGCGCCCAAGAUGCUGCCUGAUGACUUCGCCGGCCCGAGCGGCGGCGACGGCUUCGGCGACGCGCCAGCGUUUAACGACGCCCCCGCUUUCGGCAGCGGCCCGGCCCCCACUCCAGCGCCUCUUGCUGUCGCUGCCAGCGGCUCGGUGGCGUCAGUUGGCGGGGCGCCUUCCGUGCCGACGCCUGGCGCAGGGCUGCCGGCCGCGCCCUCGGCAACUGCCAGUGGCGGCGGCGCCGGCUUCGCCUUCGCGUUUGAGGAGGAGCCGCCGGCAUUUGGCGCCUCUUUCGGCGGCGCGCCGCCUGCUGCUGCGGCGGCGGCGGCGACGGCGGCGGCGGUGCCGGCCGCCGCAGGAUUUGGCGACGACGCAUUUGGCUCGGUGCCGGCGCCCACAAUGGGCUCCGCCGGCGGCUCAGGUGCAGUUGCGUCCGCGUCCGCCCCAGCCCCGGCUGCGGCGCCGGCAGCCGCGGCUACUGCAGCGGCGAGUGGCGGCUUCGGCGAUGACGCCUUCGGCUCCGGCGGCGCCGGCACUGCCUUUGGCGAUGCGCCGGCGUUCGGGUCCGCUGAGGCGGCCGCUCCGGCUGCUGCCGCGGCGCCACCGCCACUGCCUACGGCUGACAGUGGAGCACUGGAGGAGAACCCCUUUGCUUCUGGCGUUGCCGGCUCUCCAGCGGGUCUAGCGGCUGCGGUGAGCAACGCGGGUAGCGUGGGUGCCGUGGCGGCGGCCCCUUCGGCCGCUGCGGCGGCGGCGGUGGGCUUCGGUGAGGAGGAGAACCCGUUCGGCAGCUCGCCGGCAGUAGCCCCCGUGGCCCCCGCACCAGCGGCGGUGCCAGCGGCGGCGCACGCGGCUCCCGUUCCCGCUCCUGCCGCGGCUCCGGCGGCAGCGGCGGCCUCAGGGUUCGGUGACGAUGCAUUCGGCACUGGUGGUGACAACCCGUUCGGCGAUGACAACCCGUUUGGCGCGAAGUGAGCGCUGCCGCUGUCCCGGUGUUGUCAGGGUGAGGAUGCGGAGCAGUAGCGGGGCUGGACGCGGCGUGUGCCUUACGUAUGCAUCCAUUACGUGAGUUGUGGUGCAAAGUUGCAGGCAUGGGGUGAGGUGUGUACAAUGAUCAAUGGGGCAUUGCAAUCAGAAUUGACAGGAUAUCGGGAAAAGAACGGUAUAGCGGCCGGGAUGGGGAUUGCGGCGCAACCUGCAGAUUCUUGGUGGGUGACCAGCGCGAGCCCAAUGUAUGACCUUGUAAGUGUUGUAACCAUCCAGUGGU